AUGGCUCCAGCAUCAAGUGGUUGGCAGCUGCCUCCCUCCAGCUGCAGGACAGGCGGUGCCCAGAGGCGCGUGGCCAAGCGUCCCUUUGUCUGCAGUGAGUGUGGGAAGAGCUUCAGCAGGAAGGACGACCUGCUCCAGCACCAGCACAUGCACACGGGCAUGAAGCCUUAUGUCUGCCCUGGGUGCGGCAAGAGCUUCAGGUACAAAGUCAGCCUGGUCAACCACCAGCGCAUCCACACGGGCGAGCAGCCCUUCGCCUGCCCGCAGUGCGGCAAGGGUUUCACCUACAAGGGCAGCCUGGUCAUCCACCAGCGCAUCCACACCGGUGAGAAGCCCUUUGAAUGCCCCAAGUGCGGCAAGAGCUUCAACCAGAAAAGCACCCUGGUGAUGCACCAGCGCAUCCACAGCAGCGUCAAGCCCUUCCUCUGUGCCGAGUGCGGCAAGAGCUUCACCCAGAAAGGUCACUUUGUCUCCCACCAGCGCAUCCACACCGGAGAGAAGCCCUACCUGUGCACGGAGUGCGGCAAGAGCUUCACCUACAAAAGCAACCUGGACAUCCACCAGGUCAUCCACAGCAGGGAGAAGCCCUUCGCCUGCCGCCAGUGCGGCAAGGGCUUCACGCGCAAGUGCCGCUUCGUCACCCACCAGCGCACCCACGCCAGCCAGUGA